AUGAGUGGUGAUAACGUGGCGUUCCGACCGCGCCGCUCAGUCAGCGACCAGUGUUCGCGCAAAGCGGUCGUGUGUAUAUUCCGUGACGCUCGAGUCACGUACGGAACUCAGUGUUCGCGUUCGCGUACGCGCCGCAUUCCAUCGUGGGGGCCCUUCGCCGCCAUUGGCCGAUCCCACGUGACGUCACUCUUCGUAAUGAGCUAUUCAACAUGGCCGUGUAGCUAG